AUGGAGCACUCCCAACAACCCUACCGCAAGUCCCUCGCCCACCGGGGCUACAUCGAGGGCGUGACUCUCCAUGACAAAACCACCAACAAGCCUCUCUGUCACUACUUCGGCGGCCUCCGCUACGGUCUCCCACCGUCGCAGCGCUGGCACCGCGCCCAGAAGCUGCCAGACUCGUAUACCUACGGCUCGCAGACCCAGCCCGGCCGCUGUCCCGGCACGACCAACGUCUGCCCGCAGCCCAGCUUCCUCAACCUCUCCUUCGGCGACAACUGGGACGAGGACUGCUUCCAGUGCAACGUCUGGGUGCCCACGGGCACCCCGCCCCCCGGCGGCUGGCCCGUCCUCUUCUUCAUCCACGGCGGCUUCCUCCAGUUCGGCAGCCCCAACACCUUCUCCGCGGCCGAGCUGCUGGGCGACGCCCGCGCCGCCUUCGACGCCAUCGUCGUCAUGCCCGCCUACCGCGUCGGCAUCUUCGGCUUCCUAGCCUCGUCCGAGCUCGCCGCCGACGCCGCCCCCGGCGCCGUCCCCGGCAACCAGGGCUUCUGGGACCAGCGCCUCGCCCUCGAAUGGACCCGCGACCACGCCGCCCUGCUCGGCGGCAACCCGGCCCAGAUCACCAUCGCCGGCUACUCCGCCGGCGCCUACUCCGUCUUCUACCAGCUCGCCUAUGACCUCGGCCUCCCGGACCACCGCGCCCUCGUGAAACAGGCCUGCAUCUUCUCCAACUCCCCGGCCACCCAGCCGCGCUCCGCCGCCGCCGCCCAGGCCCAGUUCGACGAGGUCCUCGACGCCCUGCACAUCCCGCGCUCCCUUCCGCCGCCAGACAAGCUCGCCCGCCUCCGCGCCCUCCCCGCCAAGACCCUCCUGGCCGCCGCCACCGCCGUGCCUACCCACCAGUUCCGCCCCUGGUCCGACGACGACUUCGUCUCCGCGCGCCUCUUCGCCGCCUUCGACGACGGCUCCUUCGCCCGCCGCCUCGCCGCCCGUCGCGUCCGCAUCCUCACCGGCGAGUGCCGCGACGAGCGCCACCUCUACGCCUCCUGGUUCCCGCCCACGGCUAACUCCCCCGCCGCCCUGCGUGCCCGCCUCCUCGCCGACUACCACCGCCCGGCCGUCGACGCCCUCAUGCGCCUGUACUACGGGCCCUCCGGCGACGCCCUUCCCGCCGGCUGCGCGGACUGGGACGUCGACGCCUUCGGCCGCGUCUACGCCGACAUGCAGCCUCGUCCGCGGCGGCGCCGGGCAUCUCGUCUACCGCUACCGCAUUGA